AUGGCUCGCCCGGCGGCAACUGCCCCUGCUGUGGCUUCUUCCUUGAUUAGCUCGACCGGGGUUGAGCAUGGUUCCGACGAUGAUAGCAUCUCCAUGACCUCUACUUUGUCUAGUGAACAGCAGUCCGAAUAUGAAGUGGAGACCAUCUUUGCCGAAAAGCGAUUUUCGGACGGCAUGAGGUAUCUGGUGAAAUGGGCCGGGUACCCCAUGGCCCGAUGCUCCUGGGAACCUGAGGAAUAUUUCAAUACCCCCGCCACUCUAUUGGAGUGGUGCCAGAAAAAGGAGGCCAUCCAAAAAGGCAAAGCGGCCCCAUUCGAUCAUGACGCAUGGCAGAAAGAACAAGAUGCCCGGGAGCAGGCUAAGCUCGAUCGACGGCAGCGGAUAGACGACAAAAGGAAAAGACUCGAGCUUCGCUCCCGAAAUACAAGCAAUCGGGGAACGCUAGCUACUCCAACUUCACCCAUCGUGGCCACCGCCGAGAGACCGGAUUUGCAUACUCGCCCUCAAUCGCCUGUUCGAGUUUCUGUCCCAACGAGUCGUCCCCGGAUCAGAACGAGUCCCCGUCCUGUCCUGUUUGGAAGCGGGCAGAGCAGCCAGAGGACAGUCCGCCCUCUUCGUCUUAGGAGGCCUUCCAAUGAAGAGCCUCCCAAGCAUUUCAACUUAUCAACCAAGCGACGCUAUGAGAAAGCGAAAACGGAUGAGCCUGCCCCUGAUAUUAAUCAAAUGCAACUGGCUCGUCCGUCAGAAUGGCCUGCUCGAUCAUCUGUCAGUGCCAUCAAAACUGGUCCUCCUGAAGGCCCGCCCAAGGUUGAAAAAUCAAUGCGCAAUGAUAGUAGUGUUUCUUCAGCCCACGGCCAACAUCCCGCUUCCCCGCUUAGGAAUUCCUCUUUAUCGAAUCACGUCUCAUUUGAUGUCCGCAAAUUACGCCCCUCGCAAGGAAAUAUCAGCAAAACGUUGGAUCACUUGGGCAAUAGAUCAAACCUCGAGUCUGAGGAGGAACCGGCUAUGCCCGAAAGGGCUCCUGGUCCCCGGAGUUACGUCACGUAUAACAAAAGGUUCUUCAAUCCCGACGAGGUGCUGAUAAAGCUGUAUUAUGGACCGGAGAAGAACAAUAUCGGUGAUGCCAGACUUUGUGGCCUUAAUCCUCAGACGAAAAGCCGAAUCCUACACAGCAAAAAAGAAGAUUCGCUGGAAAUAUGGUUUCAGCACCUUUGUGCACUCGAUGACUACCAAAGGCUUUGUUAUAAUACAACUAACUGGAACUAUUGCACCGGCUGGAUCGAAGGAUUCAAUGAUACAGAACCGAAUAUUUUCCGCAUGGCGCAGGAUCUUGGUCAAAGGAAGCUGAUGGCAGUUUCCAUUCCCGUUCUGGGGGUUCAAAAUGUCUUGCUUGCUUACCCUCCUGAUUCAAGAGACUUCAGCUUCCUCCACGGCAAUUUCAAUGGACGUCCGAACGUUUUUCUUUAUUUCACCGCAAGAAGUCACUUUAACUUGAAGGAGCUAGACCUAUUGAGUCGACGUACGAAGGACAAUCAGGCAUUCACCAGAGUCCAGCCAAGACUGUCCAUCCGCAGCCCUGUGAAUGAAACGCUGUCUUCGACUAACGCCCAAGGGAAGGCCCCAGAUAAUUUUGAUGCAAAAGUUUCCGAAGCACCCGCCCUUCCUCAUCGCUCAAGCUUAAUUGGUGUCGAGCCACACGAGACACAAGGGGCGUCUCUUGUGAACCCCAUCUUAUCACCUUCAUCCGACAAGUCCUCCGACAGCUUUGGCGAGCCCAUGGAAAUUGAUCAUCCCCCUCCUUCCCCGGUGGGCCCGGCUAGCCCUGUUACUGACUCCGACCAUGAGCCGAGUCUUCCUGGGACUGGCCAGGAUGCCGCAGACUUUGAUCUGGAUAAAUUCUUUCGGAAGAAUUAUGGUGUGACCUUCUCAAUGUUACUCGACUCAAAGCAGACUGCCGGUUUCUACGUCAUGUAUCCGGGUCACUCUGAAAACGCCGACCAACAAUGCGCCGAGCAGUGCCAGAUUGUGAUGGAAUUUCUUCAGAAACACACAUCGCAAACAUAUUCAAGUCGCCAAUCUAAAGACUGGGAGACUUUCACCUUGAUGGAGCGCGGUGUGGCACUGUUCCAUGAGAAUUUCGUUGAUUUUGCCGCUCUCCCCUCAUUGAGUAGCCUCCUACAGAAGAAUAUCACCUUUUGGAGUUUUUCCUUACGAGCCCCACACGAGUAUGCUGGUCACCCAGCACACUUCCAGCGCAUAUUUCUUCACGGGUGUAUAUUUCUAUUGACUGAAGACGUGAUGCUCCGAAAGCUAGAGAGGACCAUUGCCUUUCUCGUCUGGUUCCGCGACAGCUCGAAGAAAAAAUUCCCGGGAACUUGGAAACUCAUGGUGCGGCCGAAUAUCCUGGAGUGGGUGUUGAAUCAACAUGACAAGCAGCACCAAUCAAAACGGGGAUUAUGGAUUACAAUGCACUCUUUGAUCUCGGAACUCGGCCUGACUACGAAUGCGGACAUCGACGUGGACACCGGUGUUGUGGAGAAAGCCGUUAUUUCGCCGAAUAUUCCGUCGUACAGCUCUUCUUCUGUUGACAACCAGAGGGCAGAUAAUGCCAGCGACUUGACACAAGAACACAGAAAAGCUGAUAGGCUUGCCGAGUUUUUUGCGGGCUGGGCCCUUGUUAACCGACAUCAAUUUCGACGAUUCGUCAUUGUUUCUGGGAUCGAACCGCUUGAACGCUGGAAAACAUGGCACCACAUGAUCAUCUAUCAUGGCUAUAGAAGCACCAUGGCGACUUAUAAAGUCGACUAUAGUUACAUGUCUAAACUUGGGGGCCAAAGGGAAGGACACUCGACUGAGGAAAAGAUCCCAAGCACUCCCUCGGCCUUCACUUCCUAG